CAUUCAAUGCUCCUGGAUAUUAUUGACUGUGGUGGUAAAGUUAUGAAGAAGAGUCACAAUGGACUGAAACGUUAACACUGAUUCUCUCUCCACAGAAGUUGCCGGAUUGUUCCAGUUUCUCCAGCAUUUUCUGUUGUUGUUUCAGAUUGUUCAUGGCGGAGUGUGGGCUGUGAAGCGGAACCCUCGGUUCCUCCCUCAUGGCGGGAGGAGCUGGGGGGGAAGGUGGAUAGCGGGUGCACAACGGAAGGUCCGUCGAGUUUGAGCGCCCCCCCCUCCCACCGGCAUCCGGUUUUUGGUAACCAUGGCGGCGGCCGCAGCCUCAGAGACCCUGAAUUUUAAUGUCGGGGUGCUGGGUCACAUCGACAGCGGGAAGACGUCGCUGGCCCGGGCCCUGAGCACCACGGCCUCCACCGCCGCGUUCGAUAAGAAUCCUCAGAGCCGGGAGAGGGGCAUCACCCUGGAUCUGGGCUUCUCGUCCUUCUGCCUGCCCGUCCCGGAGCACCUCAAGCCGCAUGGAGGCUACACCAGGCUCCAGGUGACACUGGUGGACUGUCCCGGACACGCUUCCCUCAUCAGGACCAUCAUUGGAGGUUCUCAAAUUAUUGACCUGAUGAUGUUGGUAAUUGAUGUGACAAAGGGAAUGCAAACGCAGUCUGCGGAAUGUCUGGUGAUUGGUGAAAUUACAUGUUCCCGGUUGGUGGUCAUCCUGAAUAAAAUUGACCUUCUACCAGAGGCAAAGAAGCAAGCGGCUAUAGACAAAAUGACAAAGAAAAUGCAGAAGACACUGGAAAAUACAAGGUUUAAUGGGUGUCCCAUCAUUCCUGUUGCUGCAAAGCCUGGAGGACCUGAUGCCCCAGAGACAGAAACUGCACAGGGCAUUUCAGAACUUAUCAAGCUCCUGAUAUCACAGACGUACAUGCCAAAACGUGAUCCCUCUGGAUCAUUCCUCAUGGCUGUUGACCACUGUUUCUCAAUCAGGGGUCAGGGCACGGUGAUGACGGGUACCAUCCUCUCUGGAUCUGUCAAUGUCAAUGACAGUGUGGAGAUUCCAUCCCUUAAGGUCAGCCGGAAGGUCAAGUCCAUGCAAAUGUUCCGUCAGCCGGUGAACACUGCCAUCCAAGGUGACCGUGUAGGGAUCUGUGUCACUCAGUUUGACCCCAAACAGCUUGAGCGAGGCCUGGUCUGUGCCCCAGACUCGCUGUGUACCUUGUAUGCUGCCAUAAUGUCUGUGAAGAAAAUACCUUAUUACAAAGGAUCAGUCCACACCAAAGCAAAGUUCCACAUCACUGUUGGCCAUGAAACGGUCAUGGGAAAGGUGACCUUCUUCAGUCCUGCCAUUGAGGAUUUUGACAGUGAGCCUGUGAUGGAUCGUUUUGACUUUGACAGAGAAUACCUCUAUCAGGAAGAAUACUUAUCACAGGCCAAGGACGUUGAUGUUGAUAAAAGCCAAGCAGAUGGAAGCAAGGUUCCCAGGCAGCAGUGGGCCUUAUUGGAGUUUGAGAAACCAGUGACGUGCCCCAGACUAAGCCUGGUUAUUGGCUCCAAGCUCGACACUGAUAUCCAUGCCAAUACCUGUCGGCUUGCUUUUCAUGGAGUCUUGCUGGAAGGUUUUGAGGAAAAAAACUAUGCGGAAGUCUCCCUGCCCAAGCUCAAAGUCUACAAGCUGAAACACAAAGAGGGGCAAGUGGAAAGGGUUUCAGAUGAUUAUAAUGUCAUCGGCCGCUCGCUGUUCAAGAAGGAGACUAACAUGCAGCUGUUUGUUGGGAUGAAGGUGAAAUUGUCCACAGGAGAAGCUGGAGUGAUCGAAGGAGGCUUUGGGCAGAGUGGGAAAUUUAAAGUCAGAAUCCCAGAUGGAUUAAACCCAGAAACCAAGCAACAGCUCACAACAUCCAGCAAGAAGAAAUCGAAAGGAGGGAAGGGCGACUCAACGAAAGCGGAAGAUGGGAAGACUGAAGUACAACCCAUAAUGAUCAUCUUGGCCUUUAAAAGAUACAUAUUUGAUCCUCAAAAGAAAAUGAUGCAGUCCUAAAGUGUUUGUGAAGCAGAGGAGUUCAGGGCUAGGACUGGGUUAAACAAAAUCCUUGCCUUAAAGUCCAUUAUUCUGGGGGCAGGUUUCUGUGAUUUCUGAAGGAAUAAAACCAAAAUGAAUUCUUUUGUUUGCUACAAGAUGUAUUCUGUUUCAAAGUUUUGGAACGGGAGGGCCUAUCUCACCCUUACCCCUAAAGGAGCUAACUGAUGAUAGCACAUCCCAAGGCAGUGCUGCUGUCAGUGAGGACCAUUCAAACUGUUGAGGUGUGAUUGUCGGUCAGCUGAUUGACCACAUGGUGGAGGGGAAAUUUCAUCCUGGCCUCAAACACGUGUCUAGAUGACUUCAUAUCAUCAGGAGUCAGGGGUGGGAUAAAGACCAUGAGUGCUUUAAGUGCAGAGACAGAGAGAGAGAGAGAGAGCAGUCCAAUUUAACAUCUCAGAUCAGUGACCUUCUGCGAAAACUGGAAUUGGCUUGGAGAAUGCAACAGGCUUUUCAGCCCAUCCAGAGGCAGGCUGAGGGAGCUGUAGGUGAAUAAGUUGAAAACUGUACAAUAGGAGAUGAAAUGAUGGAAGAGGAACGAUGCAGGGCUAAAGGAGUUGGUGAGGGAUAAAGCAAAAGGUGGGUGCAGAGAGGGUGGAACGGGGAUUAGCAACAUCUUUGCCAAAAACAACCCAAAGAACUAUGAAUGCUGGAAAUCAGAAACUGCUGAAGAAAUUCAGCAGGUCAGGCAGCAUCAGUGGAGAGAAAGCAGAGUUAACAUCUCUGGUCCAGAGACCUUCAGAACUUCAGCAUAGACACCUGCUCCUGCUGACAAGGCCUGUUUCACUGCACUCGCUUCAGAAUUGGGGUCUGCAGCACCAGGUUCACCCUGCAGCUGUAGUGCUAGUGCAAAGGGUCUUGGGCUCACUGUAAAUGUAACCAGCCCACACCCAGCCCCGUUCUGGAAAUGUAACCAGCCCACACCCAGCCCCGUUCUGGAUCUGAUUCUUAUUUCAAAAACAUCACAACCUUCCUACAGCCGUGACAGCAUUACAGAAACUGCACUGAGCUCUGAUCAGCACUGUGUUCAAAAUGCAGAUUACCACAUCAGCUGAACGAAUGUAAAUCAUUUCUUAGUUUAAUUGUGAAUUGAAUGUACAAAUUGUUCAAUAUUAUCAAUACUUGUUAUGCCCUGAACUGCCCUGACAGCCGUUGGGUGUGACGUAAUGUUAAAUUCUAAACAAGC